ACCGGAAACACUCGUCAAAAAAGACACAGCUACAGGCGCACAGUACACACACGGUACGUGAAGCUCAUAGACUCUACGGUGCACUUCAAUUUGUAGAUCGCAGCUUUUGGGCCAACCGCGCUGUGUAUUAUCCAUUUCGUUCAGUUUCUCCUUGCUGGAGAUGCCUUGGAAUUAGUCUUCUUUCUCCCUAUCCUAAGCCAGUCUUGCAUUUUCAGUGUAUUCGUAGUGUAGGCGUUAGGCGUUAGGCCUGGAAGAUGGCAAACCCUGAAGUUCCCCGCUCUAACCUGCUUAGUAAUGAGGAGAAUCAGAAGAUCAUCUCGCUUUUGGGAAACCGCCGAGUUGCAAUGGCGAUCACAGUUUGCCAAUUGCACAAAGCUCAGCCCCAGCCGACACAAUGGACGCACACGAACACUGGUGUUAUUGUCUUUGUCAAGGACAACCCAAAGAAGAGCUACUAUAUUCGUUUGAUAGAGAUGGAGGACUACAAAGUCGUUUGGGAUCAAGAACUGUUCAGUCAAUUUUCCUACAAGAAACCGAAGCCAUAUUUCCACAUGUUUCAAGGCGAUAACUGCACGAUCGGUCUGAAUUUUGCAGAUGAGGGGGAGGCAAUGAAUUUUGCACAGGAGUUGGAGAGGAAGAUUUCCCAACGCCAGGAGAGGCGUAUGGCAAAGCAGACGAAUAAGAAGCCUGUCGCCACAAAGCCAGGGCCGCCUACACCUACUCCUUCAAAGCCCCCACCACUUCCAGCAGCAACACCAGAACCAGCCCCUAAUACAAUGAAGUCCAGUAAGAAAGACCCUUCACCUUCAUUCUGGGGCAAGAAAGAUGAUAAAAAAUCAAAGAAAAACAAGGACGGCAAAGGCAAGAUCAGGAAAAUCGACAUUUCCGGUCCGAGUAACUUUCAGCAUCUGUCACAUAUCGGCUGGGAUCCCGUGAGCGGAUUCGACUCCAAUAACAUUGCACCAGAAUGGAAGCGUUUGUUUAGCGCUGCUGGUGUUACCGAGGAGCAGAUGCAGGACCGAGAUACGGCUGAGUUCAUUCUCAACUACAUUGAGCAGCAUGGUGGCAUAGAGCAGGCUGUGCGUGAGAUGGACAGCAAUGGUGGUCUGGGGGGCCUGGGCGCCGCCAUGGCACCACCUCCACCAGCACCAGCAGCAGGGGGACAGCGUGGUGGCCCCCCUCCACCACCACCCAGCUCGCGAGGAGGUCCACCGCCUCCACCGCCGCCGCCAUCACAUGGUGGUGGGGCACGAGCUCCACCGCCACCGCCGUCUUCCCGUUCUGGUCCACCUCCUCCGCCAUCGUCCGGAGGUGGAGCUGCACCACCACCUCCUCCACCGCCGCCAGCAGCACCGACACCACCACCACCUCCACCGUCAGGAGGUGGGCCACCGCCCGGUGGAGGGCCACGACCCCCACCAGCCGCUGCGCCAAGCGGUGGUGGUGGUGGUAGCCGCGGUGGUCUGCUUGACUCGAUCCGCGCUGGUGCAUCACUCAAGAAGGUUGAAGCUGGUUCAGGCGUCGCCUCUACGAAGGAUGAGCCGGAAGCAGCCGGUGGAGGUGGUAUGGCGAAUGCCCUUGCCAAGGCCUUGGCUGAUCGUAGCAAGGUCAUUCACUCCGACAAUGAAGAUGAUGAGUUUGAUGAUGAUGACGAGGACUGGGAGGACUAGAUAUGCUAUUAACUUGUACUCACUUGAUGUGCUCUAUGCACUUGUCUUGACCAUACACACAGAUGAAAAUUUCGAACUU